UGAUGCUAAAAGGUUACUGUUAAUUAAAGUCUAGCCUCCGUACGGCAUGAACAAAUAAUUGGAUCCUUUCUAAUUCCCACAGCCUUUACAGUCAAGGAGACCAACUCAACACACAUAGCCCUACGGACCGACGGCUCAUCGCUUUCGAUGAGUGCUCCUCUGUCAUGGGCGAAUGGAAGAUGUCUACUUCCAGUCAGAUCCUGCUCCUGUGAAGUCAUCGCUUCGAUUUACUCUGUUUGUUCUGGGAGUGCCUCCUCUAUGUGGAGUUUAGCAGCAGGACCCUCUCAGACAAAAAUGGGUGACUUCUUAAACAGCACGUUUGCCCCCAAUAAGAGCCUUGGCCCUUACCGCUGCCAGUUCAACGAGGACUUCAAGUACAUCCUGCUGCCGGUCAGCUACGGCCUGGUGUUCGUGGUGGGCCUGGUCCUGAACGCCGUGACCCUCUACGUCAUCCUGUUCCGCACGCGGAGCUGGACGUCCAGCACCAUCUACAUGUUCAACCUGACGGUGUGUGACACGCUCUACAUCCUCACGCUGCCCUUCCUCGUCUACUACUACGCCGACGAGAACGACUGGCCGUUCGGCGAGGCCCUGUGCAAGCUGAUCCGCUUCCUCUUCUACGCCAAUCUCUACGGCAGCAUCCUCUUCCUCUGUUGUAUCAGCCUGCACCGCUUCCUGGGCAUCUGCUACCCGGUCCACUCGCUGGGCUGGGUCAGCACCCGGCGGGCGCGCUUGGUGUCCGCCUGCGUCUGGCUCAUCGUGGGCGUCUUCCAGGCGCCCGUGCUCUACUUCUCGCGCACGCACGACGACGGCACGGGCGUGGACCGCACGUGCUACGACACCACCAGCGAGGACCUCUUCGACGACUUCAUGGUGUACACCACGGCCGUGUCGGUGCUGCUCUUCGCGCUGCCCUUCAUGGUGCUCAUGGUGUGCUACGGGCUCAUGGUGCGGAAGCUUCUGGAGCCCACGCAGGUGGGCGAGGGCAUGGGCUCGUCGCGCUGCAAGCAGAAGUCGGUGAAGAUGAUCAUCAUCGUGCUGGCCGUCUUCAUGCUCUGCUUCCUGCCCUUCUUCCUGACCCGCAGCCUCUACUACAGCUUCCGCUACCUGGACGAGCAGAUCAGCUGUAGCCAGCUGGAGUCCGCCAGCAUCGCCUACAAGGUCACCCGGCCGUUGGCUAGUGCCAACAGCUGCCUGGACCCUGUCCUGUACUUUAUGGCCGGCCAGGGCUUCCGUCGGAAAAUCACCAGACGGACUAAAUCCAGAACUCCGCAGAAGGUCAAGACCCUGUCCACUCAGCUGUGAUGCUUUGCAAAGGCUUGCUGGGAAGGACUGAACGGAGAAUGUGACAGGACAGGGUCAUGGAUGACUGAUGUAACUGCAGAACAAUGCACGGAGAGCAGAAGCAGUUACACUUACAAAUGCAGAACUCAAACCAUUUGGUGUCCUUUUUCAGAUAUUUGUCAAGUCAUUUAAAUGUUCUCUUUGAUAGCAUUUUAUUUGUCACUGAACAAAUGUUUAUUUUCCUUCAGACAGACGAGACAGAUUACACAGAGCUUUCAGCAGUUGCUCAUGUCUGCACCCAUUGAUAGUCAUCCAAACAGUUUUUACGGCUGUGUGACAAUGCUCUGUUCUCUGCAAGGUAAAACCAUUGUGCUGCUCUCUGCAUUGUAUAAUCCGUAAAAUUAUAACUUUAAUGUGGGUUGUAAUGCUGUUGAAAAGGAGGUUAGACCUAGCAUCUUCAUUUUAAUGAAGGCAAGCUCAGGAGACCAACUAUGAUCCAAUUACCUGAAGGGUGUAUAGGGGCAUGGGGACUCAUAUUACUGUCCCUAUUGUAAAUCAAUGGGAGAAUCAAUAUCAUUCCCUUUAUUACUGACCAAAUAGUUAUUGAAAAAAUAUGUAUUUAAUGAAAUAUUG